UCCAGUUACGCUGUACAAGUUUGGAAUCCCUCGGAGCAAUUGGUGUCCGCCCCCUGAUUGUGUUCGACCCUAAGUGCAACUGCCGAGUUUGUUUCUGCUGCUUCAGGGCAUUGUCUCGUACUAAUCUUACAGGCCGUUCUCCGUCUAUCUUCGAUCUCUCGGAUUCGGGCUGCCGCGACUUGUUUGAAAUGGAACCUGAUGAGUGAUUGUUGCGUGUCGGACAUUCUCUUUCGCGUCGAACGGAGUGGAAGGCGCCGGAUUCAGGGGAGUGAAAUGGGAACUUUGGAAAUGGAAAAGGGGUUUGAGGCAGGUGAUGAGAGUGACAGAAUAGGCCUUCUACCCGACUGCAUCCUCCAUCACAUUCUGUCGUAUCUUCCGACGAAAGAGUCCGUGGCAACAUGUGUAUUGUCUAAAAGAUGGAGGUACUUAUGGACUUCAGUUCCCACAGUAGACUUCGAUGAUUCUAUUCUGUAUUCGAGUCGGCUUGACCUCUGGUAUCAGAUCAAUGUUGAGAGUUUCAUGAAUUUCGUCGAGAAGGUGCUUUUGCAAAGAGAUGCGACGAACAUGAACAGGUUCCGUCUAUCUUGUCGUGUUUGUUUCAAUGCAUCUCAUAUCAACGAAUGGAUUGUAGCUGCAAUGAAGCACAACAUUCAAGAGCUGAUUCUCUGUCUUUUUGUGGAGGAGCCUUUUGUGCUUCCUGGAUGUGUUUUCGAUAGUAAAAUGCUAACAGUGAUGAAAUUGGAAAUGAAUUGUACCCUUCAGCUGCCUCCGCGCAUAUCCUUCCCUUUCCUCAGGAAAUUGCAGCUUUGUCUUGUCACAUUUCCGAACGAUACAAUGAUGCAGAGCUUAUUCUCCGGAUGUCCUUCUCUGGAAGAGCUGGCAGUGUUGGAUUGUGAGUGGGUAAAUCUGAAGAGUAUCUCGAUAACGAUUCCUUCGCUGAAGAUCUUGAUAAUAGAUGAUUUACCAUUUUGCUCUGUUGAUGAUCUUCGUGGCUGUGACAUCAGAAUUGAUGCCCGAAAUCUGAUAUUCUUCAAGUACAGUGGCUAUUUAUCCAAUGUGAUUAAUGUUUUCGACCUUUCCUCAUCAGCCCUCGCAUUAAUUCACAUUCCUAACCUUUGCGGGACACAGCUGAAGAUUGCGUGUCGAACCCUUAAGCUGUUUAGGGGAUUGAAAAACGUUAGCAGCUUGAGAAUUUCCAGUGGUACCAUAGAGUCGCUUUUUCUUGCUGAGAAUUCGGCGGACUAUAUUCCAAUAUUCGAGAACAUGACCCUCUUGGAAUUAGAAGGAGAAUUCAAUAAAACUUCUCUCCUGCUGUUGAUAAAGUUCCUUCAAUUCUUGCCUUAUUUAGAGCAUUUUCGAUUCUGUGAGGGAAUUGUUUGUCAUCAGGACAUGGAUUUUACGGUUAACCUUACGCCUAAAUGUAACUUAGGGAGGCUCAGGAAAAUCGAUUACAGGAAUUUCGAUGGGACUCAGAUAGAAAUAUGGUUUCUCAGGUUUUUGCUGAAAAAUGCAGUCGCAUUGGAGAAAAUGCGACUGUUUUGGUCUAAGAAGUCUUUCCUGGAUCCCAAGAGCCGCGAGGAGAUCGUGAACCAGCUGCAAUCUGAUCCCAGAGGCUCUGAGAAUUGCGCGCUUAUUUUCGCGUAAAACUGCUCUUUUUGUUGUGUUGAUGCCAUAAUUACAGAACCUGAAAGUCGGGGUAUUGAUAUAUGGUCGGUUGGCGAUGGAUCUGGGAGGAGGAGGUGAGUAUUAGUACACAAAAUGAUCUGAAAACAUACAUUUGAACUCUAUAGGAAGAUCAUAGGAGACAUAUAGAUAGUGUUCAUAGUUGCUGCACAAAACAUGAUCAUUUGGAAAACUUUUGUCGACUUGAAGAUAGUAUUUUUCUUUUUUCUUUUUA